AUGGGCGACAAACUGGACCAUCUACGCACGUCACUACGGGACCUACACCGCGAGGUGAACGAUACUAAAGAGCGCAAGCGGUUGCAGGACAUGAGAGCUCACAAAGGCACGUCGGUGAACUUCGAUGUGGUCGACUUCGUGCUUUGGUAA